CUGGGGGUGAGCACUGUGCAUGUCCAUGUAAUAUGUGGAAAGCAACCAAUUUAGGCCGUUAGCUGUCACAGAUACACUUAUAACUGCAUGUAAUCCUUAAAAACACAUUGAUUUGGACAACACAAGAUAUGGGAGAUAUGAGACGAUUUGUUGUGUUGGGUCUGAUUUGCUUUCUGGGAUGUAUCAAACACACAGAUGCACAGUUUCCGAGGGUCUGCUGUACAGUGGAGGGCAUUGUGUCGAAACAGUGCUGUCCCGCUCUGGGAUCAGAUCCGGCUAAUGUAUGUGGAAUUCUGUCCGGCAGAGGAAACUGCAGCAACAUUCUCGUGGAUUCUAAACCUUGGAGCGGACCAUAUAGAUUAAGGAAUGUGGACGACCGGGAAAACUGGCCAACCAAAUUUUUCAACCGUACCUGUCGAUGCUUUGGUAACUUUGCUGGUUACAAUUGUGGCGAGUGUAAAUUCGGCUGGACGGGACCCAACUGUGACCAACGCAAAGCUCCUACCGUGAGGAAGAACAUCCACUCGCUGACCCCCGAAGAGCUGCAGGAGUUCCUCAAUGUUCUAGAUCUUGCCAAAACAACCGUUCAUCCGGACUAUAUGAUCGCUACACAGCACUGGCUGGGCCUGCUGGGACCCAAUGGAACCGAGCCACAGUUCAGCAAUAUUUCAAUUUACGAUUUCUUUGUUUGGCAGCACUACUACUCAGUCAAAGACACAUUGCUAGGUCCAGGCCGGCCUUUUAAAGCCAUCGACUUUUCUCAUAAAGGCCCAGCGUUCAUUACCUGGCACAGAUACCAUUUGCUGAGCCUGGAGAGAGAGCUACAGAAACUUACAGGUAAUGAGAACUUUGCGGUCCCCUACUGGAACUUCGCCACCGGCCAGACAGAGUGUGACGUCUGCACAGACUCAAUGCUCGGUGGUCAGGACCCCAGCGAUCCGUCUCGAAUCAGCCCUCUGUCCAGAUUCGCCCGUUGGGGAGUGGUGUGUGAUAGUCUGGAUGAAUAUAAUCAGCUGGUGACUUUGUGUAACGGGACCAGUGAAGGUUCUCUGCGCAGAGGUAUCAUGGAGAGAACCAAUAUGACUUUACCGACCAUGAAUGAUGUAAGAAGCUGCCUGAACCUCAGAGACUUUGAUAGUCCUCCAUACUUCACCAACUCAACCUUCAGCUUCAGAAAUGCUUUGGAAGGAUAUGACAAACCAGAUGGUGAGCUGGACAGCUCGGUUUCCAAUCUGCACAACCUGGUACACCAGUUCCUCAAUGGGACCAGCGCUUUAUCGCAUUCUGCGGCCAAUGAUCCCAUCUUUCUGGUGCUCCAUACGUUCACCGAUGCCAUAUUUGAGGAAUGGAUGAGACGCUUCCGUGAAAACGCGAGCUUCCCGGAUGAGAUGGCCCCUAUUGGACACAACAGACAUUACAACAUGGUUCCCUUUUUCCCACCUGUGACCAAUGAGGAGAUCUCUGUUGCAUCUGAACAGCUGGGUUACUCCUAUGCCAUUGAACUUGAAGAAACAGACAACACAGCGACCGUCUUUGUGUUAAGCAGCACACUCGGAGGAAUAUUCCUCGGCCUACUUGUUCUGCUCGUCCUGUUGGUGUUCUACGUACAGCAGAGGAGAAAGCGCGAGUUCCAGCCACUCCUCAACGCCGAGUUCACUAAUACAAAGUACACAGAGGAAGCAUAGUCCCUGCAUACUACUGCACACUACAUUCAAACUUGCUCCAAAUACACGAAAAUUAGGGCUGUCAAUGUAACACGUUAAUUCAUUGUGAUUACGAUAAACAGGUAACACAAUUAAUCAUGCCCCAAGACUUGCAUGUAAAUUUCUUAAUAAGUCUUUAUCUUACCAUUGGAGUAACUGAAAACACCUUCAUGUUUUUGCAAGUCCGCAGGAGUGAGCGAGGAGCCGUUCGCACAGGAUAAUGUUCUAAAACAGCUAAACAAAAAGCCUCAGAAUCAAAAGUUGAAUUACUUUUAACUUUUGGAGCAAAACGGUGAUGGCCUAACAGGUCAGUCCACAUAGAUGUACAUAGAUAAACAAUUAUAAAAUGUUUCUGUUUAAUUUUGAUGGUUAGUCAAAAUGAGAAAGAAGCGAAUGAUUUAGUCUAAGCUGCUUCAUUGUAACAGCUGCAUGAAACUUUGUAACAGAAAGCACUGAAUAUGCAAAUUAGAUGCACAGAGAAAUCUUUGAUGUAAACAGUGAUGCACUGUAAUACCCACUCUAAGGCACAAUUAGUUUAUGGGAUUGCAUAAGGCCUCAGUUUUGUUUAUGUCUGUUAUAAUCAAAAUAAAAUGUAAUCGUUUACUGUAAUCGAAUAUGCUGAUAUGUGUCAUUAUCUUACCGCUGUUGGGGCUGAUGGUAUGAGGUCAAAUAAACCAAUUUGAAGAAUA